CUCGGAGAGACCAGUGUUAUUUCUCCAGGUUGGAGGACGGCUCGUUUUGAUGAAAGUGAGUUUGGAGCUCGUUGUUUCCCUCAGUGCGGUAGGAAAGAUGCGUCGUUUGUGAUUUAAUAUCAUUUCGCUAUUUGAUCCCGGAAGUUCGAAUCUGUUUUCUUUCUAACUUUACCGAAGUCCAGGCCUCAGACACGUCUUUAUCAAAACAAGAUGAAAAAGUUCCUGUUGUUGCUUCUCUUCUGUCACGUCUCAUCUCCAGUGAAACACUCACUCAAGUUUUUCUUCACUGGAUCUUCUGGAGUCCCAAACUUCCCAGAAUUUGUGGCUGCUGCAGUGGUGGAUGAAGUUCUGGUGGGUUACUGCGAUACCAAGCAAAAGAUAGCAGAACCCAAACAGUACUGGGUGGAAACAUUUUUAGAAAAUAAUCCUCAGCAGUUGGAGUUUUACACUCAAAGAUUUUUGGAGAUUGAGCCAAACUUCUUCAAAGCCAGAAUAGAUAACUUCAAGCAACGCUUCAACCAAAGUGGAGGUGUCCACAUUUUCCAGGAGAUGAGUGGCUGUGAGUGGGACGAUGAGACUGGAGAGGUCAAUGGUUUUAAUCAGUAUGGUUAUGAUGGAGAAGACUUCCUAGCAUUGGACCUGAAGACAUCUACAUGGAUCGCUCCAAAACCACAGGCUGUCAUCACCAAACAAAGAUGGGAUGCUGACAAAUCUAGAAUAAAAUACAAUGAAAUUUACCUCACUGAGAUUUAUCCUGAAUGGCUGAAGAUGUAUGUGGACUACGGCAAGAUCUUUCUUCUGAGAAAAGAUCUUCCCUCAGUGUCUCUCCUCCAGAAGUCUCCCUCCUCUCCAGUCAGCUGCCACGCUACAGGUUUCUACCCUGACAGAGCCAUGAUGUUCUGGAGGAAAGAUGGAGAGGAGCUUCAUGAGGACGUGGACCUCGGAGAGAUCCUCCCCAACCACGAUGGAUCCUUCCAGAUGAGUGUUGACCUGGACCUUUCAUCAGUCCCAGCUGAAGACUGGAGGAGGUACGACUGUGUGUUUCAUCUCGCUGGUGUGGAGGACGACAUCAUCACCAAACUGGACAAAGCAGAGAUCAGGACCAACAGAGAGAAGCCCACUAACAUGACCAUCCCCAUCAUCGCUGCAGUGGUUGUUGUGGCUCUCGUCCUCCUCGCUAUGAUCGGAGUCCUAGUUUACAGAAAGAAGAAAGCUGAAAAGACUCAAGACAAAUCACCAACCUACAGCAACGUGCCACAGAACGGGUCAGACACUUCUUCAGAUAGCUCUCCUAAUGGUUCUAAUGAAGGUGUAAACAGCAGCACACCAUUGACCACAGGUUAACUGGUACGGUGUGAAGAGAAGGGUGAAGAAAUUGGCAACAUUAAACGUUAUUUACAAAACUUUUACACAAUCUGUAAUCCAAACAAAAGGGCCACCUCACCACCAACAUGGAUUGAAUAUCACUUAUAUUUAUGGGGUCAGAAAGCUGCAUUACAAUGAGGCUUUAAAGCUGCACUAAUCAAUAUUUGUUUAUGAAAAAGUGAUGAACUGACAUAUCUGUUAUCUGAUAUGUGUAAUGUGAAAGGUAACACUUGCAGUAACAAUCCCACUGAGAAAAAUCACCAACUCUGGUUCUUUAGUUAGUUGUUUAAUAUUUAGUUUGUAUAUUUCUUUAAAACUGAAGAUCUUGUUUUGAUUCCAACCAGGCCAAAGUAAGAAAUUAUUGUUAUUUUUUGUUUCGUACUAUCUAUCUUUCGAUCUGUUUUGAAACAUUAUAUUUUAAUUUUAGCUGAGACCAAGGGUUGUGGGAUGUUUUCAGCUUCUCAGCUCAUUGAUAGAAAUGUUGUAAAUAUUUCCUGCUAUUUUGGGAGGAGGGACGUUUUCUGUCUUAUUUUUAUAAACAUAAAGAAACAGUGAUGCUCCAAAUCCCUUCUUGUGUUGGGUUAAGUAUGAAUGUUGAAUGAAGUUGUCCUGAUAUUUUAUUCCUUUUGUACGUCUGUUUUGCUUUUCAAUAAAAUCCUUAAUAUUCCAAA